AUGCCGAACCUUCGCAGUGUUGGACCUACACGUCUUCCUCCUGAUCGCGCCCUGCGCCGUGCGCUCCCAUCGUCGGCCGGUGCUCGGCAGAGCGUACUUGUACAGAUCAAUCGCGAAGAAAAUCCCAACGGAGAUGUUGUCGGAUUCGUCCGUGAUGUGCCCGGCUACCCCAGGUACAAGUACGCAGGCGACGGUGCCAAGGGCGAACAUCACCUAGUCAUCAAAGGCGUGACACUCCAGGACGACGGCGAGUACCAGUGCCAAGUAGGACCCACAUCCAACGCGUCAGCCAUUUGGGCGGCAGCGAAUCUCACAGUAUUGGUUUCGCCGGGAAGCAUCAGCAUCGGUGGGCUUGGCGACGGCGAAAAGCUGGAGGUGAAAGCAGGACAGCGACUGACGCUGGACUGCGUCGUGAGGGACGCUCGACCUGCGCCCUCCGUCACCUGGUACAGAAGUGGCCUUAGGCUUGACUCUGCUCUACACGAGGAGAAGGUGUUCCGAUCGUCGCAGGGGAGGCGGUGGAGUGUGAGGAGCUCCCUGAGGCUUAUCCCGAGCAGUGAGGACGACGAGAGACAGUACUCCUGCCGCGCCCUCCAUCCCGCGCUUGAGGGCUCGCCCACAUCGCUCGUGGCCUCCGUCGUCCUUUCCGUCUUGCACCCUCCUCGACUCCCUGAAAUCCUAGGAUACAGAACAGGCGAAGUCCUGAUGGAGGGGGAACGACGUCUUCUCACCUGUAUGGCUGACAGUGGAAAUCCACGUUCUGUUGUGGAGUGGAAGCGACAUGGGCGACCAACAGGAAUGGUUCAAGACGACCCAGGAUGGAAAAUGACCCUAACCCCUUCUGGAGGAUACUUCUACGACCACCAGGAGGGGAGACAUAUACUCAACAUGACGCAGGAGGUGACAGCAACGCGGCAGGAGGACUCUGCGGUGUAUGAAUGCCGGGUGUACAGCAAACUACUGAUGCUGCCACUCUCCGCCAACGUCACCCUCACCGUGCACUAUGGGACCCUUUAUGGACCUUUGACCGUGGCACCAGGACUGGUGUUUUCAAUCACCUGCAUUACUUCCCUUGUCUAG